AUGAGAAAAAAUGCAAAUUCGAAAAGCCAAUGUCCGGUAAGAUACGUCAUCCUGCUGUCCCUUAUUUUCGUAAUAACCUUCUUAUCAUUAAACCCUGUCUGCUUCACCAAAUUAUGCAUACAAUCAGAAUUGCAAUUACAAACGUGUCCAAGAAAGCUGGUCGAAUUAUCCCUUCACGUAAAUGGAGAUUUAUCCAGAAGAAUCAAAAAUGAUAUUUUUUUUAAUGAGCCAAAUUUAAGGAGGAGAGUUUUGCCAUUCGGAUGUGAGGAGGAGGAUAUUUCAAAAAAGCUAUCAAGGAGGAAUAUAGAAAAGAUGUCCUACAAUACUGGGUUUCUUUUUGCCGAUAGGAAGAAGGCAUAUGUUGUUUACUACUACUUGAAUGAUUACUAUAAGAGUAAAUAUCACAAGAUGAUAAAUCGCUUAUGGAUAUAUUUUACCCAAUUAGCAGGAAAAAUUGGAAUGCCUGAUGGAGAACGUUUGAAAUUUUUAAUGAACUGUCAUUCAGCUCUUACGAAAGAUUUAGACACUUUAGACAAAUCGUAUGAAAAUCGUUUUUUCUCCAUGGCCAAUAAUAAAUUAAUGCUACAACUAAGUUUCCGAAUUUUCCUUUCAAGAUUUAUAUGGUCGUGUGACAAAUUAACAAGAGCAAAUAAGAGGAAGUGGAGGAAGGCUUUUUUGAAUAUUAUUGAAAAGUACAAAGCGUAG